CUUCAAUAAAUGGACUAAGGAUUCGCUCAAACCAAAGGAUUAUUUAUUCUUAGACCUGAAUUACUUGGGAGAGUUUUUGAUUUUCUUGAAUAUAAAUAACUUCUUGAGUUUAGAACGGUUAGCAAAAAGGCUGAUUAAACAACAUAAGGAAUUUUAACACAUAGGUUGGAAAAAAUAGAAAAAGAAGUUAAAAAGUAUGAAAAUUUAAUGCAACCUCUUAAAGAUGAAGUAUAUAAAGAAUUGAAUGGAGAAUUAAAUAAUGAAUUCAUGACUAAAAGAAUGAAUAUUAUUAAUAUUGUGAAUAAGAUGGAUUUUAAAUCAUAAUAAUUUAAGGAUGUGUUUGAAAAGGAUCCUGUUGGAAUUUAAAUUACAAAAUAUCUGAAAUUAUUAUUCAAAGAUAAUUAUGAAACAUUGUGGAGAUUAUAAGUUUAGGCAAUCUCAGAAGAACAAUUUGUAGAAUUACUCAAAAUCUUAGAAUUAGAGGAACUAGUUAAAACUUCUCCACCUCUUUGUAAAGAAAUGUUCUCGGUUUUAGUAGAUAUUAUUCAACUUAGGUCUAUGAGAUUUAUGAAUUGUAAAUAUUUUUAUUAUUUUUAGUAUGGCAUCAAUAAUAUAAACUUGAUAUUGAAUCUGAUAUAUGGAUUGAAAAGUAAGGAAAGGUUUAAGCAAUUCUUGCUCGUAUAAGACAAACAGAAUUAGAAAAAUAAUUCAGUAAACUAUAAGCAUGAAAUAUGUUAAAAAG